AAAACUGGGGUGAGUGGAGCAAUGCUAUUCAGAUAUUCAUUGUAAUUUGGAGCUAUUUUAGUUGAUUUGUGUUUUUCAUUGGCGUUGGUGAGUGUGUGCGGUAUUUUGUUUUUAACAAUUGUUAGAGAAAAAUUGUAAAACCUUGGCAAUCAAAAGGUGAAUGAAAAGCAAUAAUUUGCCGUCAAAAUACGAAAUCAACGUGAUUGCGUACAAAAUUUAAAGGCCAAUAACCCGCCAAGCUUUUGGACGCAGUCCAAAUAGGAGUGCAACGUCCUUGAAAGCGCGUUAAAAGUGGAAGCCGCAUUGGUGUAUAAAUUGUGAAACAAAAAAAAUUCUCUGUGAUUUCUUUCCUUUAGGCGGUUUUAAUUAAUUAUUUUGUGGCGCGGGUUUGGCAGCAACGUAGUUUAUCAGUUAAUUGGUAUACCUACAAUCCCCAACAAAUAAGUGUAAACAAGACACAUAAAUAGAGAGUGUUAUAACUAGAUAGAAAAAGUUAUUAAAUAAGUUAAUUCAUUAAAUUCAAAAAACUUACUUUGGUGGAACCGGCAAAGGCGGUAAAUAAAAUGUCACAAGCCCAAGUGGAAGACCAUGGUGAUCAUCAUGUGCACUUUGACACAACGACACUAAAGGAUGAUUUCGAAUCCGACUCCUGCGUCACGUAUCAACGCUCGGGCGAUACGAUUGUCGUCAAUUUGGGUUUCCUACAAAUCAAUCAUCGAUAUAUGAUCGAUCUUAAAUUACCCGUUACAUUAUUCGACACCAAUAGCACAACAUCGGGUGGUCAAUUUAUGCCCGCCGUUACAACAGUUCCUAAUCUAAAUUGCCGCAUAGCGGAGUUUUCCAGUUGCAAGCAUGACGUUAGCAAUUUCUACGAAAUGAAAAUAGAAUUUUUCGCCUACAAAGAGAAGUUGUUGCGCGAAGUACUGCACAUUGUCAACACGAAGGACUCACAGGAGGUGCUGAAAUUGAUGAUAACAGCGCGUGUGCUGGGCAAAGGCAAGGGUACACCGAUGCUGCGUACCGGCAUACAUUGUGUGGGUGUUGAAAAUGAUGACGACGAAUCGGAGGCGUCCGAUUUUUCUGGUUUUGGCAAAGAUACCUAAAUACAGAUGGGCGAGAAGGUGUCAAAGAAAAUUUAUAAAAAAAAAAUAAUUUAGAAAAUU